CGCCCCACCUCUCCCACCACCCAUUUCCUAGAGAGAGAGAGAAGAGAGAGAAAGUAGAGAGAGGGAGAAAACGAGGCCCGCGUUGACAGCGGAGUCGACAAAAACACGUCCCUCCCUCUCUCGAUCCCCCCGUGUCGGUGGCGUCCUCCUCCUCCUCUUCCUCCUCCUCCUCCUCCUCUUCCCUCUCCUCCCUCUUACUCCCCAAACCCUAACCCUAACCCUAGCAGUAGGUCGUCGUCGUCGUCGUCGUCGUCGUCGUCGCCGGUGGUGUGGAGCGAUGUCGCUGAACAUGAAGAGCCUGACGCAGGCGCUGGCGAAGACGGCGGCGGUGAUCGAGAAGACGGUGACGACGACGGUGCAGGAGGUGACGGGGCCGCGGCCGCUGCAGGACUACGAGCUCCUGGAGCAGGUGGGGUCCGGGGGGCCGGGGCUCGCGUGGCGGCUCUACGCGGCGCGGCCCCGCGCCUCCGCCCCCUCCGCGCCCUACCCGCUCGUCACCGUCUGGGUCCUCGACAAGCGCGCCCUCGCCGACGCCCGCGCCCGCGCCGGCCUCUCCAAGGCCGCCGAGGACGCCUUCCUCGACCUCGCCCGCGCCGACGCCGCCCGCCUCGUCCGCAUCCGCCACCCCGGCGUCCUCCACGUCGUCCAGGCCCUCGACGAGUCCAAGAACGCCAUGGCCAUGGCCACCGAGCCCCUCUUCGCCUCCGUCGCCAACGCCCUCGGCUCCCUCGACAACGUCCCCAACCCCCCCAAGGAGCUCAAGUCCAUGGAAAUGGGGCUGUUGGAGGUUAAACAUGGGUUGCUUCAAGUUGCGGAAACUUUGGAUUUUCUUCACAAUAAUGCUCGUCUUGUUCAUCGAGCUCUAUCUCCCGAGACCGUCUUCAUUACUUCAAGUGGAGCUUGGAAACUUGGUGGGUUUAGUUUUGCAAUCUCUACUGACCAAACCUCAGGUGGUUUGACAUCAGCUCAGCAAUUUCAUUAUUCGGAGUAUGAUGUUGAGGAUUCUAUCUUGCCACUUCAGCCAUCUCUGAAUUAUACUGCCCCAGAAUUGGUGCGUAGUGCUUCUCCUACAGCCAGUCAAUCAAGUGAUGUGUUCAGUUUAGGAUGUCUUGCAUACCAUCUGAUCACUCGCAAACCUCUGCUAGACUGUCAUAACAAUGUUAAAAUGUAUACAAACACCUUGAUGUACUUCACAAGUGAAGCUUUUUCAAAUAUUCCUGCUGAGUUGAUUAUGGAUUUGCAACGGAUGCUUUCCAUGGACGAGGCAUCCAGGCUGAGUGCUUUGGACUUCACAGGUUCUUCCUUCUUCCGAGAUGAUACUAGGUUGCGGGCUCUUCGUUUUCUGGACCAUUUGCUUGAGAGGGACAAUAUGCAGAAGACUGAGUUUUUAAAGGCUCUAUCAGACAUGUGGAAAGAUUUUGAUGCACGUGUCUUGCGGUAUAAGGUUCUGCCACCUCUUUGUGCUGAGCUUCGAAAUACUGUGAUGCAACCAAUGAUUUUGCCCAUGGUUCUGACAAUAGCAGAAUCCCAGGAUAAAAGUGACUUUGAGCUUUCAACAUUGCCUGCACUUGUUCCAGUCUUAACAUCAGCUUCUGGUGAAACACUUCUUCUUCUUGUAAAGCAUGCCGAUCUGAUUAUUCACAAGGCUACUCAAGAGCACUUGAUAUCCCAUGUUCUACCAAUGCUUGUUCGGGCUUAUGAUGACACAGAUCCUCGUAUACAAGAGGAGGUUCUCCGAAGAACAGUUCCCCUUGCAAGACAGCUCGAAAUGCAGCUGGUGAAGCAGGCCAUCUUGCCCCGGGUUCAUGGCUUGGCUCUAAAGACUACUGUUGCUGCGGUGAGAGUGAAUGCCCUCCGUUGCUUAGGAGAUCUUGUUCCUUCACUCGAUAAGCAGGCAAUAUCAGACAUCUUGCAGACGCUUCAGCGCUGUACUGCUGUAGACCGCUCUGCCCCUACUCUUAUGUGUACUUUGGGAGUUGCAAAUUCAAUCUUUAAACAGUAUGGCGUAGAAUUUGCCGCAGAGCAUGUACUUCCCAUUAUCUUCCCACUUCUUACCGCUCAGCAGUUGAAUGUACAGCAAUUUGCCAAGUAUAUGCUCUUCGUCAAGGAUAUCCUAAGAAAGAUUGAAGAAAAGCGAGGAGUGACAGUAACUGAAACCGGAACCCCUGAAGUCCGAGUAUCACCUCCGUUAACCAACGGGCUUCAUUCCGAACCAGCCAAAAGACCGACCCAGAAUCCAUCGACAAGGUCGGGCCCAUCAUGGGACGAAGACUGGGGCCCGACUACAAAGAAAAGUGCCACCCCUUCACUCCCUCUUAACUCCACAACGCAGACCAAUCAGUCAUUAGUAGCAGUUCCACAGCCCACCUCAGUUGCAACUCCGUCGUUUCAGUCUCUUUCAUCCACUCCCAGCCAAGCAGCUUCCACUACGUGUGCUGCUGUAGACAUCGAGUGGCCCCCUGCAAGUGCUCCCGGCAACGUACAUAUGCGAUUAAAUGCCAAUGAGGAGCAGAACUCUUCAAGCAAUAGUGCAUUCAAUGAUUUGGAUCCUUUCGCCAACUGGCCACCUAAGACAAACAAUCCAUCUACUAAUUUUGGGUUUGGGGUUAAGCCAAAUCAUCAAAGCACCGCAAAUUCAUUAUCCACAAUGAGUGGCACUUUUGGUCUCACCAGCCUAUCGAAACAAGAAAAUUUUAGCGGCCCAGGCUCAAAUCUUCUACGGCCCUCAAAUUACGGGAAUUCAGGUUUAGCCCUUGGAAAUUCGAAUUUAUCUUCAACGGGCAUGGUGUCCGCCAAUUCUAAUAGUUCCAGUCAUGGAAAAACAACAUCAGACCUCGGAUCCAUAUUUUCCUCGAAGAACAGCACCCAACCCACUCCUAGACUUGCCCCACCUCCCCAUUCAGCUGUCGCGAAGCCGCGCAGUAGAAUCCAAGGUCAAUCUGGGAUGUCAAGACUAUCGCGGGCUUCUCAAUCCAAAGCAUCAUCAGAGCAGCCACCUAUUUUAGAUUUGCUGCAAUGAAAAGGCACUUUUCAGUCCACCUGUUCUUUUCUUAUACGGUGGGUGCACCCUCAAUUUCAAAACCAUCAGCUGGGGAUGCUGGGAAAUUUUUGCCCCAGAGGGUGCUGUAACAAAAUCCCCAAUCGCAAAUUAAUAUACACGUCGAUUCAACAAGGUAAUAUAUAUUCUUUGGGAUCUUUUGAGAGGUUAGAGAGAAUAAGGUUUGUGUAGAGCACUAUGUAGUAUGAACCUUUCUUCAUUUGGUUUUUGGGUAAAGGUUUGUAUUUAGUGAGGGUUUUUAGUUUAUCGCUCUGUAGAUCUUGAUGUUGCAUGCACAGAUCAAAACAAGAACAGAAAUGGUUCCUGAGUAGAAGAGAAAUUGCUUGUGUUUGACACUUCAGAGAGAAGUGGAAGCUUCUCAUGGUUGAUGCAUCCCUAUAAAACAGGAUUAAUAUUAAGCUCAUAGUUAGUUUUACUAGUUAUGUAAAGCUUGUUGCCUUUAUGCCUUGUGAUUUAUUCCUUGGUACUUUGGUAGGUAGUAUCACAACUUUGUUAAGGUGGAAAAAGACUGUCUUGUCCUUGAUUAAGGCCUAAUUGGGGAUUGCGCUUUCAAAAAGCAUCCGAUUUUAUGCUUUAGAAUCUUUAA